UUGAAAACACAGGGUAGUUUCAUCGUCAUCAUUUUAAGAGAGAGAGAAAAAGAAGAAAGUAGAGAGAGAAAAAAUGGUGAGAAUAGGAACAAUCACGGGGAUGUCAUUGGGUGCAUUUCUCUUCUGGGAGUCAAUGGACAAAGUUCAUGUGUGGAUCGCUCUUCACCAAGACGAAAAGAGGGAACGAGAAGAGAAGGAAAGGGAGGUGAGGAGGAUGAGAGAAGAGCUUAUACGACAAGCAACGGAAAGAAAUUCAAUUGCAUGAUUAUGUUUAUUACUUUACUAGGGAAUCUUCAUAUUGUGCUGUUUUUCUUGAGUAAUGUUAUUCCGAAUUUUGAUGAAUCUCAUAAAUUGGCACUUGGCAGUAGUUGAAUCGAUGAAGAUUUCUAUCAUGAACAAUGUACUGUCUUGUGCUUCAUAUAGCUCACAUAGUUUGUAUUCCAAUAUUGAUUUAUAUGCAUUUUUGGAGAAGUUUUUUGAA